ACGGCGCUCGUCGAAGGAAUCGGUUCCCUCCGAGGCCCGGUUCACCCCGUAUCCUCGAUCAGGAGACUCGCAGGUUCGCGUCGUCGGUCGCUGGCUGUCCAGGCUCCCUGCGACGAGAAGAGCACGACGAGUGAUCGGCGUUGUCCGUUGUACCGAGGACCGGUUCGAUGACUUGAUCGAUAAAUCAUUCAAAUCGAGCCGCCCCGAAGAAUCCCAGACAGACGAAUGACUGGACGAGCUUCGUAGGUCAAUAUUGCGGGGACUUUCUGAAUCCACGAUUUCCGUUAAAGUAGAAAAUAUUAUCUCGAGACAAGACAAAACACAAUCUUCCUCUUCGACUUCAACCUUGGCUCCGUUAAAUGCCGAUUAGGAUCUGUCGCAAAUAGAAGACAAAAUUGAAAGAGACGAAAGCGAUGAAAGAGAAACGAUAAUAGCAAGAUCGUAGAAGAUCGAUGCCCCUUAAGGGGAAGUGACGUCCACGUCGUAUCACAACAAUUGGUGCGAGUUGUCGGGAAGCAAUGAGGUCAGGGCGCCGUUGCAUUGCGCGUUAGCGGGAUAAGCUUCGACUGAAGUUGAGCGAGUAAACGGCAGGAAGAAUUAAUACAUUUUGAGAAACUAGUCAUCCCGGAAAGUGUCGUGAAAGCUGCACUCACAAUGACGGAGAACUGGCUCAACAGCACUGUGAUGUUUAACAUGACGACGGUGAUGCCUCACGUAAUGAGCAGCGUUGCGCCGAAGAGACACGUGUCUUUCGUUCCUCAGCUCGUGCUGACCCUCGUCUACAUAACCGGCGUCAUCGGCAACGUGUCCGCUCUUGUCAUUCUCUUUCAUCGAGAUAAGAGGAGGAACCGCAAGCACCUGCUGAUGUUGCGUUGUUUGGCGACCAAUGAUCUCGUCGCUUUACUGGGAAUGCUGGUACAGAUGUAUGUCACGAUUUAUGUCGGCAACGUGGCGUCCACCCGAAUAUUUUGCUCCUUGCGAGUGGUCUGGCGACUUUUCGGCCUCUUCAGCGGCUGCGUGGCUAUUGUUAUGGCGGCGGAGAGAUGGCUGGCUCUGACUAGGCCUUUCGUUUAUCAGAAGCAGGUGACGUAUCCGAUAAUUGUGCGGUGUAUGUUGGUACUUUGGUUGGCCGCGUUGGCGAUGACCAGCCUUCCAGUUCUGGGUUUCGGACUGUACUACAAAGGCGAACGUUGCGUUCGUUACAGGGAGGCUACCGAGUUGAGCGACGUCGCUUACGCUUACGUGUGGUUCGUUUUCGGUACACUUCUAUGUUUGUCCAUCGUCUGGUGCAAUCUGGCGGUCUCCAGAGCUCUGAAUAGAUUAAGUCGUCGCACAGGUGCCCUCAGACGAAUCUGCAGAGCUUCAUCGAAGGCGAAACCAUUGCUGAAGGUAGCCGGGCCACCGGGUCGGCCGGAAGUCGUCGCUACGGUUGAAGAGAGAGCAUUCGCAAGGCUUAUGGCUGUAUUGUCCAUAUCGUUCGUAAUUUGCUGGAUGCCGCAAAUGAUUUCUAUUCCACUGGCUCAAUUUGCAAUAAGACUGCCUCAAACGGCUGUCACCGCACGGAAAUGCAUUCGUAUCUUCCACAUUACAGCUGAUAUUCUUUUGUGCAUUCACUUUACACUGGACCCGUAUAUCUACGUGCUGCUACGAAUGCCACGUCCGAGAUUUAGAUUGUUGAAGCCGCUCUGCAGGAUUUGCUGGCCGGACCGAAGCCGCUCCGGCUCGUUUACAGGAACGACGGAUCAACAGUGUAGUAGUGGUGGUGAUCCGCCCACGCCGAUCACCGAGGCCCCAUCGACACCUGUCAGCGAGGAACAUGAAUCGCAUCUGAUCACAGCGUCCGUCUGAGACUGGCUUCUGCGGGUGGUCUUCUCAAAGCGAAUGAAAGAUCGCGACGCACGUGUACGUUUUGAUCGCGUCGUUGGAAGACCCUCGCUCGAUUUUCGAUCAACUUCGUCAGAGACUCCGUUCAUUUGCGCCAGGCAAGUGAUAGCGACGUUGAAUUUUCGCGCGCGGUGUUGAAAUAUUACUUAAAGGGAUUAAUUUGAAAAAAAAAGAGAAAGUAAAUAAGAGAAAUGAAUGUAUAUUCUCGGACAUACGUGUAUAAGCUUCUAGUCAGUAAACAGUGCAAGAAUGACGGAUUGACGGGACGUGUAGUUAAUCACACGAGCAAUCAAAGCGUUUACGCAAUUAGAACUUGGUGAAGUAGCGCAAAAAUGUAUUCCAAAUAUGAAUUACGAGAGACAAGACAUGGAUAUAAAUCACGUUAUGUCUUGAACAACGUAUAUUUUUGAGAGAUGGAAGUGAGGCUUGAAGUGUAAAAUAUACAAAAAUAUUCUUGAAGUUUUUCGACUUAAUAUAAUAUUUCGACUAAAAAAUAUAAUAUAAAAUAGAAAAUAAUAUCAAGUAUAUAUUUGGAGUAAUGUUCUAUCUUUUUAGACGCAGCAUAUUGCAAAGCUAUUUCAUACAUGUUUUAGUAUUAUAAAAUUUAUCUAUCAAUCUAUAUAGAAUUUACACGGAAGAAACCAAUAGGUUUCAAUAGCUAUUCGCAAACUAAUCGUUUUCAAGAUAUUUAAUUUUCUAUCGUGUAAGUUAAAUUUUUUGUACGAUUAUACAAACUGACACAUAAUCGAUAUUUCGAAGAUUGAUUUUACAAUAUCAAGUCACGUGGAGUUUAGUAUGUACAUUUUAAUACAUACUGCAAAUCUUUGAUAUCUUCUUUCUACACAAUCCGUAAAACAAAAAUUAAAUUAAUCUCCAUAUGUAUCAAAAUAAAAAGAAAAAAAGUAUUUCUUUCAUCUUAAUCGCAUUUUACAUCUAUUAAAAUCUCCACGUUGCCUUAAUUUGCACUUCAAAUAUAUUUUAAAAUUAUUUUAUUCUUGCGAUACUUUCUGAGAAUUACUUCCGUUCACUCUUUUUCAAAAGAUAUUAACUCGUUAAUAAAUGAAAACGGAAUGAAAUAAAAUGAAGAAAACGCUUCGCAGCAUUAACGGCUCGAUAUUUCGCGCACCUGAUAGAUUGCUUCGCGCUUUAACUUAUUUCUCGCUCGACGACAAUCAGUAUUUCCUGCUACGAUAAUUUAACUUUUCACUAAUUAAUCCUCACUUCAAAGAAUAAUAACUGUACCCCCGUCAGAAGCGCGAUCGCUUCGGCUUUACUUAGCGGUUUUAAUUUCACAUCGCUACCACUUCUAGAAGCGAAGUUCUCGGCGAUUGUACGCUGCUGCCCUCUCGAUCGAUUCGGCCAAAGCGCAGCCGACUACCUGCUACGCUGAGUGAAUGCGUGGUGGGGGAGCGGCCGCAUUCCGCGUUUCCGGGAAACCUUAUCUUACACGUGGCGUAGCCCAUUCAACUGCGGCAGCGGCCUUGUCCCCCCACUCGUGCCCGGCCGCCCAAACAAGAGGUUCAUUGAUCCGGUCGCGGUAUACGGCGUGCAGCGUUUGUCGAGCGCGCUGAAACUCAAAAGGCCGUAACUCGCGAAUGAAUCAAUACAGAGACACGAAACGAAAGCCAAUCUUCUCGGCAGGCAAUCCCCCAUGCGUCUGUAUUGUUUUUUUUUUUACCGAUAAUAAAGAAUACGACCGUAUCCAAGCGAUAGUUAUGAGCCGAGAAAUUGCCUGCACGCGGCCUCGCCUUCUUUCACUCGCGACAGAACUGUUGUUUUUUACACGUUUGUACGUGCGUAAAAUCAUUCUCGUUAUUUUAAUACUCAAUUACGAAUGCGAAGGCAUUCUCAAUUAACGGCAGAAUUUAGGAAAUUUGACGAAACUAUUUGAACUGUCUGAAAAUUGUCCGAACGAGAUUGAUGUAUAUAUAGAUGGUCUAAAUUUUCUGCGACGUUGAUUACUCCCCAAUCGUUCAAACAGCAUAACUUGCGAAAUAAAAAAUGGAAUAUUUCGUGAACGAUUAGUGCGUCGAUCUAAGUUUUUACGGCCUUUUCUUUCGCCCUUUUUUUCAGGAUUUCUAUUAGCCGGUUAUGUUUUAUCGAUAAUUCUGAAAUAUCACGUACGUCUCACUCUGUCGUAUAUGUAUUUCGCGACACGAUUGCGACACAGCGAGAGAUGUCGGUAUAUAAUUGUAAACGACUUUAUUUUAAACGAACAUCGUUAUUUGUACAUAAUAUCAUACAUAUAUACGUUAAUGAAUGUGCGUGUAGCGCGCAGAGUAGUGUGUUCGCACGUUUAACAAUUCUCAAAUAACAAACGUUAAUCCUUAAAAAUUAUCUCUAGAUCAUGCUUCGUCCGUCGGUCAUUCUUGCGAGACAAACACACACCCGCAAAUACUUGCACGUACAAAAGGGAUAGAAUGCAAACAUACACUCCUUGUCCGGGUUCUACCGAAGUAUUGUCGCGUAUUUUGUCAGUUGCAUUGAUUGAAGCGCAGCGAGGUAAACCCAAAUCGAGCGAAAUCAUACAGUACAAAUAUAUAAUGCGAUCGCAUCGGCAGAUAGCUCGCCGCAAGACAUCAACGGUGUGAAAGAUAUAACUUGUAUACUCUCAUCGUCGAGAGGAGAGCGAAGUCGCUCGAAAAAAAAAUGUAUACACGAAUACUCGUACGCGAGUCCUCAAUGAAAAUUUCUACAAAAUCGUCCACGUAUACAAGAUGUAACAUCGGUCACUUCUUAGGGAAGACGUCAUUGUGAUUGCGCGUUUGCACUUUCUGUCAUUUUAUAAUUUAUUCGUGACAUAUAAGGAGAUACAAUAUGCGUGUGUAUUAGUACGUUCUCGUAGAAAUGUUACAUUAAAAUUAUGACUUGAGUAAAACAGACGUGUGUAACUGCUCUUAAUUAAGAAUUUUUUGUUAUAUAUGUAUAUUUAAUAUUAUCAAUAUAUAUGUAUUAUAUA